UUGUAUGAGCAGCGCUUGUCAAAAUACGCGUACAAAUUUCCGUUCAAUCGACUGUGCGUUGAAAAUAACAAGCGAAAACGAAAAAAAUAUAUACAAUAAAAAAGUGGCCGCAGUUUUUGUUUUUAUCAGUCACGCGUAAAUGCAACAAAUAAAUUGACAAAAAAAUAAAAAAAUUAUAAGAAAAUCAUAAUAAUCGAGUAAAUCGAGACGCGCUCUUAAAACUCGUGGACAAAUUCGAUUCGUUUACUCUUUUCAUUGUGUGUGUUUGUUACAUACAUACUGCGUUUGUGGACGUUGUGAGAAGACUCCAUUGUAGCACCGCAAAAGCUAACAACAACAACGCUGCCCCUUCUAUGGUUUUUUUUUAAAUAAAUAAUUCGUCAAAUUUCGCAAAAUAAUUCCUUUAAUCAAAAUGAGCAGCUCCGAGGAAGUCUCCUGGGUUACCUGGUUCUGCGGGCUUCGCGGCAAUGAGUUCUUCUGCGAGGUUGAUGAGGAUUACAUACAGGACAAGUUCAAUUUAACUGGCUUAAAUGAGCAGGUGCCCAACUAUCGUCAGGCCUUGGACAUGAUUUUAGAUCUGGAGCCGGAAGAUGAACUUGAAGAUAAUCCAUUGCAAUCGGAUAUGACCGAACAAGCAGCUGAAAUGUUGUACGGGCUCAUACACGCUAGAUAUAUAUUAACAAAUCGCGGUAUCGCUCAAAUGAUUGAAAAAUAUCAAACUGGCGAUUUUGGACAUUGUCCACGUGUCUACUGUGAGAGUCAGCCCAUGUUGCCUUUGGGCCUGUCGGAUAUACCCGGCGAGGCAAUGGUGAAAACCUAUUGCCCCAAGUGCAUUGAUGUUUAUACACCAAAAUCAUCACGUCAUCAUCACACUGAUGGCGCCUAUUUUGGCACUGGAUUUCCACACAUGCUGUUCAUGGUGCAUCCCGAGUAUCGCCCCAAGCGUCCUACUAAUCAAUUUGUUCCACGUCUGUACGGCUUUAAAAUUCACAGCUUAGCUUAUCAAAUUCAGCUGCAGGCAGCAGCCAAUUUCAAAAUGCCACUACGAGCGGACUACAUUGCGCUCUGCCAGGAGAUCUUAAGUCGUCCCGAUCCUGAGGCCGAAGUUGAAUAGUUUGCCUGCUUAUCCUGCUAUCAAAGGCCGCUACUAAUGCCAUUUCACUCUAACCACCAGCACGUGCGCUAAGCGACAGCAAUUAACUGACAAAAGCUAGCUGCUAUACAGAUACUACCACUAUGCGCGUUUGCCUCUAUCUAUCUAUAUAUCUCUCUCUCUCUCUCGCUCUCACAUAAUUUGAUUCAUUUACAUUUUGUAAGCGUAAUUUAUAUACUAAAUAUGUACUUAUUUUUUUUUAAAGCUCGUUCUUAAAUUAUUUAGUUGCCAUGCGAAUGUGAAACAAAAAUAAAAUUAAGCGCAAAA